AUGCCAGCGCCAGUAGCGGUGUGCGUUGUUGCGGCUAUUGCAGGUGUUGCUGCUGUCAUUGCUUUCCACGAGUUCGUCUUUGAACCCCACAUUGCCCCUGCUAUUGAGCGUUGGGCAGAGAACUUCCUCGCCAACCGUCGUGCUCAACGCAGAGGUCCUGUUCCUUUGCAAUCAACCCGAGGGUCUGGGCAUGGAGACCCAGCGCCUAGUGGUGCUGAUCUGAGGAGAAGGACCCCUGCGGGAGAAGAAGAUUCUGUCGAACUACAAGGGUUCAACCUCGAUGAAUGGCGGAACCAGGUCCAUCGCACUACCCCAGGCACCGGUAUGAGGCGGAGAGGCGGAGUAAUUCCUGACACAGACGAAGGGAGUAUAUCUAGCACAAUGGACGAGUCUUUCUCGUCACUCACGCACACUCCGCUCACACCCACCCAUUUCAUUUCCAAUGUCUCCUCCCCAUUCGCAGAAGCCACCUCUGUCUCCACCCGCACACCCAGCUGCUCCCACUCCGGUUCCACUCCCCGUACGAAUCCUCCCUACUCUACCCACCCAAUUUCCCCGGUUAUGCGCACUCCCAUGCGUUCUCACGUACCAUCGAGCAGGUCGUCUCUGCAGCACUUGAGCUCAAGCUCGCACAUCAGCGUGGAUGUGCAGGGCAGGCAUGUGGACAUUGACCCUGUUGGCGAGCAUGUUAACUUCAACAUCAUCAGCGGCGUCAAUGCGAGGAUGCACGUGGAUAUGAGCACAAACACCAGCAUCAUGGAGUCACUAUCAGAACGUUAUCCUGCUCCGCCCACCCCCCCUGUCAUGCUCUCCCCACCUUCAUCACACACUACCUUCUCCUCCCCAAACACAGACAUACUGAGCCUUUGGAGCAAUAGCCGCUCCGGCUCUCCACUUGACUUAACCUCCCCGCCUGUUCGUAUUAGUGAGGUGCACCUCCCCCCGUCUGCAUCCCUCUCAGGUGCUACGAGCGCACUAUCUCCCUUGAUGAGUGAGCACGAGUUCAUAGUGUUUGGCGAGGCAUUAGAUCCGGAUGGGGUGGAAAUCUUGGCUUCACGAAGCGGAAGUGCGCAUUUGCAUAAUCCGUUUACUGAUUUUGAUGAGGAGGGUUCCGACAGUGGUAGUGAAGGGAGUUGGAGACGGGUGAGUGUGGCAUACCGCAGGUGA